CAAGCAUCUUCUAUCACAUUUUUAACUCUGUUCCGACCUCGUGUGUCGAAUUCCAUAUCAUCGCUAUCAAUUUUUAUCAUCGGCCUCAAUAUCUACCGAAGACACCAUGUCCAAGAGCGCAUUCAACGCCUUCCGCAAAUCAAUCGACUGGAUGAAAGUGCUGAAGAAGGGUCCAGGUACCCCUCAUGGGCACCGCCUCCUUUCCGAGCAGAACUCCAAAACACGAUGCGACGUACAACUACCGUGCAGAUAGGGGAGCUGAUAUUGGGGACGGAAAAUUCGAGAUCAUCAUUCAGGCUAACAAGAACGCAGAUAACAAGGCUGUUCGUGACGCUGCCAAUAAGGACAGCCAUGCUAUUCAUGCGAAGGCCGUAGUCGACCCUGCCAAUGAUCCUCAAGGGUCGAAGGCAGAUGAGGACCUCGUUGCGGACUGGGAGGCCAGGAAGAAUUAA